AUGCACAACGGCCCCGGUGCCCACGCGGAUAAGGAUCUAGUGGUGCUGUCAGGACCCUACCCGGUUGUUGAGGACCCUGGCACCUGUGAUAUUGUCAAGGCUACACAGUAUGGGAUAGUAGAGCGAUGCAAAGAACUGGUAGAAGCAGGAUUUGAUGUCCGACAACCAGACAAAGAAAAUGUGACUCUUCUCCACUGGGCAGCAAUAAACAACAGACAGGAGCUGGUUAAGUAUUAUAUUUCUAAAGGUGCAGUAGUGGAUCAGCUCGGUGGAGAUUUGAAUUCAACUCCCCUUCACUGGGCCAUUAGACAAGGACACCUGGCCAUGGUGAUGUUGUUGCUGAAAUGUGGAGCAGAUCCCAGUCUUAUUGAUGGGGAAGGAUUCAGUAGCAUUCAUCUAGCAGUGCUGUUCCAACACAUGCCCAUUGUGGCUUACCUCUUAUCAAAAGGCCAGAACAUAGACACAACAGACCUCAAUGGGCAAACACCUUUAAUGUUGUCAGCACAAAAAGCUAUUGGACCAGAACCCACAAGGUUUCUCUUAAAGUUUAACCCCUGUCUCAAUGCUGUAGACAGUGUUCAAAAGAACACUGCCCUGCACUGGGCAAUAGCCUCAGGAAACACUGGUGCAGUGGAUCUGUUGCUGGAAGCUGGAGCUAGCCUGGACAUAAAAAAUGUCAAGGGAGAGACACCACGUGACCUUGCCUGUCAGAGUCAGAAUGGCUUCAUGCUUUACAUGGUGAAAGAGGAAGAAAGGAUAAGGAGCAGAAGAAAUAGCAGGUUACUGAAGAUAGUAGAGAAAUAUGAGCUCUUCCUGCUGUUGGCAUCUUCCUUGACGUUCAUGUGGGCCAUAGGAUACAUAAUGAACUCAAGUUCUGAUUCUUGGCUUUUGAAAGGAGGUCUGCUUCUCAUCCUGCUCUUUGUGAUGACUCUGUUUGUGAGACAAUUUAUAGGGCACAAGAAUCUAAGGUAUCUUCCCACAGCAUUUCUGCUAAGUUCAGUUUUUUGGAUGUUUGUGACCUGGUUUUUCUGGUUCCUGCCUUAUGUAGCCAAUACAAUUAUUGAAAUCACUGUCAUGAUCAGCGUGAUGGGUCUUCUUUACUAUUUCUAUAAAACUUGGAGAACUGAUCCUGGGUAUAUCAGGACUUCAGAAGAAGAAAGAAAAGAGAACAUUGUGGCUCUUGCAGAAGCAGGUUGCUUGGACUUCAGAACAUUCUGCACCUCGUGUCUUGUAAGGAAGCCUCUGAGAUCCAUGCACUGCCUUGCUUGUGAUUCAUGUGUGGCCAGGUAUGACCAGCAUUCUCUGUGGACUGGACGGUGUGUAGGCCUUGGGAACCAUCGUUACUACCUAUUAUUCCUUUCUUUCCUGUCUAUGACCAGUGGCUGGCUGCUUUAUGGAACUGUUCUGUAUUGGUCAAACAACUGUGCAACAAGUUAUCACCAAGAAGGAGCAUGGACAUACUUGACACAGAUAAUAUACUGCUCUCCCUGGGUCUUCUACAUCUUCUCAGUAGCCAGUUUUCAUGCUGUGUGGACCUCAUUGUGGCUAACUGUUCAGCUCUAUCAGAUUGCAUUCUUGGGAUUGACCUGGCAUGAGAGAAUGAACAUCCUGAUGCAGAAUAAAUCUUCUAAGCAUCCUGUUUCACUCAGGAGAACUCCAUAUAAUCUUGGAUGCUUCCAGAAUCUUGCAGACUUUUUUCAGUGCAGUUGCUUUGGUAUGGUCAAACCCAAUGUAGUUGACUGGACCAGGCAAUACAACCUUUUUCAUCUGGCAAAGGAGAAAAAUGUUCAUUCUGUAUGA